AAAAUGGUAUCUUUGGAUGGUGAAAUGAUUGUGAAAAGCAAUAGUUUUAAGUACAUAGGAUCGGUAUUACAGAGUAAUGGAGAAAUAGAUGGAGAUGCAUGCAGUAGAAUUAGGGCUGGAUGGAUGAAGUGGAAACAAGCGAGUGGUGUGUUGUGUGACAGAAAAAUUCCAAUGAAGCUGAAGGGAAAAUUCUAUAAAACAGCCAUAAGACCGGCUAUGAUGCACGGAACUGAAUGUUGGGCAGUGAAAAAGAAAGAGGAACAACGAAUGCAUGUGGCGGAAAUGAGAAUGCUUAGAUGGAUGAGUGGAGUGACAAAGAAGGAUAAAAUUAGAAAUGAGUAUAUUAGGGGGAAGUCUAGGUGUGGCACCAAUUGAUGCCAAAAUGAGAGAGCAUAGGUUAAGAUGGUUUGGUCAUGUUCAACGUCGAGACGUUAAUCACCCAAUACGAAG